AGCAAUUUCAGUGUCGAAUUCCCUCUUACCAUACUUUAUAAGAAAGACAAUGCCGACUUGUUUUGAUAAGCUCAAGCGUGUUACUUAUAAAUGGAUUAUCAGAAUUCGUGAUCUACUAUGCACUGGGGCAGAUGACUUCCCACGGCCAAAUAAAACAUGCGACUGUUGCGUGCUCCAGAAAUCGAGUUCGUAUGACAUCCAACCUGGCACGUCGGGCCCAUUUGGAGAAGAGUCCAGUGCGCAUUGGUACAAGCAUGGUGCCACUGGGGUAUCGGACCGCAUCCGGAUCGUAGCAGCACAUUCGCUCACCGUCGUCUUCUUUCUUGCAGACGUGAGCGUCCGCACAAGCAUGGCAGAUUGACGGGGCUCGUGCGCCUGCGUGUUGCCACCUGCGCCUAGGGAGAAGAACGGCGUUCGAGUGGAGACCAGUAGAUAGGUUUCGGAUCGAUAGCAGUCAGGUGGACGAACUUCGCAUGUUUCGGGCGAGGUUCAGAAGUUGAGUUUGAACAGAUGAUGUUGGGGACGCGAGGACAGGAUUAAUUUCAUGGGCCGUGGGCUGGCUGAAUAACCGACUGCCCGAGGGGAAUUGACGUUGGGGCACGAACUGUCCCCGAAGAGAAGCGACAAUUGUCCCUGCUUGCUGGUCGGUCCUCGAAGGCCAAAGAACAACUCGGAAUGAAUACACCGGAUGAGACCCGGGGAUGGCAGCCCUUCAGCAGUGAGGCUACUUGAAGAAGCUGAUAGCGACACAGUCGCAGGAGACCGAGAGGAGCAACUUCCCAAAACGGCAACGAAUACUAUCUGUCUCUUGUCUGCGUGCGUCCACCUUGGUCUACCUCCUUCCUCCCUUCCUUCUUCCCUCCAUGGCUGCGCUGCUCGCACUGCUCAAGCCAGUCGCCUAUGUCUCGCUCCCCUUCGUUGCGUUGCAGUCCUGGCCGUUGGGGAGAUAUUACUCGCGCACCGUAGUGUACGUGAGCACGAUGGGCUUCGUGGCCACCAUCAGCGCCUUUGUGGCCGCCGGCAUGUCGGCCAUGGGCAGCCGCUUUGAUGUCAACUUCGUCGUCGCGCGGACGUUCUAUUACCUCGCGGGUUCGGUGCUGGGAAUCACCAUAGAGAUUGAGGGCGAGGAGUACUUGAGGGACGAGAAGGAUGGCGGUGCGAUGCCUGCGGUGCUCCUGGCGAAUCACCAGAGUAUGCUAGAUAUUCUUCCCGUCGGUCGCGCGAUGCCCAAGCAAACGUCGAUGACAUCGAAAAAGUCGCUCCAGUUCUCACCCCUCGGGCCCUUUAUGACGAUGUCCGGUGCGAUCUUCAUUGACCGAGGAAACUCUGCAAAGGCGAUGCACUCGCUCGACGACGCCGUCAAAACCAUGCGCGCAAAACGCAUCUCCCUGUGGAUGUUCCCCGAAGGAACCCGCCAUCAGUCGCCUGAACCUUCGAUGCUUCCGUUCAAGAAGGGCGGGUUCCAUCUCGCUAUCCAGGCCGGUUUCCCGAUCAUCCCUAUCGUUUUUAGCAACUACUGGAGUCUGUACCACAAGGGCGUGUUCACUAGUGGGACUAUUCGUAUCAAAGUGCUUCCCCCGGUGCCCACUGCGGGCCUGACGAAAGCCGACAUCCCGGAGCUCAUCGAACGUGUCCGGGGCCAGAUGAUCGCGACUCUCAUCGAGAUUUCGCCCGCUGCACCAGCAUCAGCUGAGGUCCCAUCCAAAGAACAGCCCACUGUGGCAGAGGAGGUGGUCUCCGCCGCUGUGAGCGAGAGUGUGCGUGCCAUGCCAGACGAUGCUACCAUCGACACCGUCAACGCGGAGAAGACGCCCUCGACGACGGCUACCGAGGUUUCAUCCGUCGCUGGGUCUUCGAACGACAGCGUCGAGACCGAUCAGGAAGAAGAAGGCAUGGUUCUGGUCGGGCGACCAGUCCCAGCGUAAUCACGGAGCCGGAAGGCGAUACCACAAACUUAACUGACGUUUUAUCUGCGUAUAAUGGAUCUACUUAUGAUUGUUAACGAUGUUCAGCGUUGAAUAGAGCGUACCAUUGGAUUGUGCUAUCUGCUUGGGACUCAA